AUGAGUGAUCCUCCAACUUAUGACAAUGACCUACUGAAUCGGCUCAAUGCUUUGAAGAAAUCCAAUAUUCAGCUCGACGCAUCCCCUCGUCCACCACUAAAUGUUUUUGCAAAAGUGUCGACGCCCGAAACAGACUUGUCUGAGAGACUGCGUAGCCUACGAAACGGUACACCAUCAAGAUCUGGCACUAGUGAAACACCCACGCCUGCUAGCACCACAUCGCCUCCACAACAAUCCCGUUUUUACAACCAAGCCACGUCAAGUGAUGCUGUUCCUCUAUUUUCAGAUGAUGUCCACGAGGAUAAAUCAUUGGACGACCUUUUAGCAGAACUGGGAUCUGGGUCUGAAUGGUUGAAUCCUGAUGAUCCGAAUGAUAUUCAAAAACUUCUUGAUGAAGCUAAGAAAGCUUUGCCAGAUCGUGAGGAUGUUGCUACAGAUGAAGAGGCAUCAAAGGGUGCUUCUGAGGAGAACACUCGGACUAAUGUCUUGACUAGUGGCCUUGAUAUGUCUGUGUUUGCCAUAGAUGACGAUGAUGAUGGGGAAUCUAGGAAGAAUGAUAAAGAGAUCGAGGGCUUAGAGGGCGAAUCACGUGAAGUGCAGGAUAUUGUUGCCAGGUUAUUGGAUGAGGUAAACUUGGAGAGGGGAGCCGAGGAUGAAAAUGAAGCAGAGGAACCCCAAGGAACUAAUGCUAUGAACGCGGAUGCGGGUGGGAAAUUCUCAUCUUUCCCCAAAUACAAGCAGGAUGAUAGCGAAGAACCAAACUUCACACUCCCAUCCGCACCCUCCACGCUCCCGGAACCCAGCAGGAAAUCGAUCGAUUUCGAAGACGAUAUUACUGCGAGGUUAGCUGCGCUGAAGGGUCUUGGAUCUACUCCUGUUAGCGCUCUUGGGUUACCUUCUGCACCGACUACUAAGCCGGUUGAUAAAAUGGCGAAAGAAACGAAAGGGAAAGGAUUAAAGAAAUACACAGAUGAGGAAAUGGAUACGUGGUGUAUUAUUUGUCAAGAUGAUGCGACGAUUCAGUGUGUGGGCUGUGAGGGAGACUUGUAUUGUGCGAGAUGUUGGAAGGAGGGACAUAUGGGGGUUGAUGCCGGGUGGGAGUUUAAGAGACAUCAGUGGCGGAAAUGGGAACGUCCUGGCUAG